AUGUCACAACAAUCUCUUAUGAACAGUUCAAGGCUGUUGGCCACAGCAUUAACGAUUUGUUAUGAAAAACUGGCACGAAAGCUUUUCCCUACAAAUCUACUACUUAUCAAGAAAAAUAUUGACAGAAAGCUUCUUCACUCGAAGACGAAACUUAUUGUUCGGUCAUCAUUUGAAGUGAAAAGUUGGGAAAGAAUUGUGGUCAAAAAAUUAUUGAAAAUUGAAAUAAAAAGAUAUCCUAAAAGUUUAAAUCAAUUUGGAAUGCCUCCACAAUUGAACAAUAAUGUUAAGAAACUUCCACCAUUGGAAAGAAAUUCAGGCAGCAUAACAUCAAGUAAUGGAUCAACAUCACCCAAAAAAAUGACAAAUGGAUGGAAUAUUGCAAAAGAAAAGCUCACAGGCAGAGUUCCUACGUUUGAUAUUUAA